AUGGAGAACUUCCAGUACAGUGUCCAGCUGAGUGAGCAGGACUGGGCUGAGUUCUCAGCCACCGCUGAGGAGUGUGGCCUCCUGCAGGCUAGCCUGGCCUCUGGGGAUGAGCUGCUGUCCAGUGACAUUGACCAAGGGGACAGCAGCGGCAGCAGUCCCCCCGGGCCUCGGCCCCUGCUCGGGGGGAGUGGCUGGCCUGGCUUCGAGGAGGAGGACCGGGAGGCCACGAAGCAGCUGGUCAGCAGGUCUUGGCAGGAGCCCACCCUGGCCCUGGGGGCCGGUCAGCAGAUGCCCAGCACGUCAGCACAGUCAGAACCCCGGCCGUCCCUCAGCUUGGGCGCCGCCUCUCCCGGCCAGAGCGUGUCCCUCCAAGGGCUAGUGCCUUCCAAAGACGAGAUGCAGAGGCUUCUGCAGGGGCCAGCCCCCCGGGACCCUGCCCCUCGACCCCCUGGUGAGCCUCCUCCGAGCCCCGAGUCCCCGGGCCGCAGCCCUCGGCCCCAGAGGCCCCCCAGCAGCCCUGGAGCCCUACCCCGAAGCCCCAGCAGAAAGAAGAGGCGGGCUGCGGGUGCCAAGGGGGGUGGGCGCCCGAGUGCCGUGGGCUCUGCUCCCACCUCCCCGCUGGGCUCCCCGCUGCUCCCCGAGGCCAGGCCCAAGGAGGCCCGAGGCCCAGCUGGGUCCGGGGGGCAGGGCCCUUCAGCUGGGUCGGCCGAGCUGACAGCAGGAGCCGGGCAGGACGAGCGGGGCCUGGAGUCUGCAGGGGCCCCUGAGCAGGUGGCCUGGCCGGGACUGGAUUUGUCUACACCUGUCCUCACGACUGAGCAAGGUACGGACCCACUCAGCAUGACCCCUGGAGCUGGGCCACUCGCCGUGGCUACACCUGCCCCAGAACCUGGUCCAGAUUUCUUAAUGGCUAAGUCAGACCCAGCUCUGUCUACACCCUCCUGUGAGCCUCAUCCUGACACAGCUCCGUCUGCACCCACCUCCAAGCCUCAUCCUGACACGGCUCCGUCUACACCUGCUUCCAAGCCUCAUCCUGAUAUGGCUCCGUCUACACCUGCCUGUGAGCCUCAUCCUGACACGGCUCCGUCUACACCUGCCUCCAAGCUUCAUCCUGAUAUGGUUCCGUCUACACCUGCCUCCAAGCCUCAUUCUAACACGGCUCCGUCUACACCCAUCUCCAAGCCUCAUCCUGACACAGUUCCGUCUACACCCGCCUCCAAGCCUGAUAUGGCUUCGUCUACACCUGCCUCCAAGCCACAUCCUGACACAGCUCUGUCUACACCUGCCUCCAAGCCUCAUCCUGAUAUGGCUCCGUCUACACCCUCCUGUGAGCCUCAUCCUGACAAGGCUCCGUCUACACCCGCCUCCAAGCCUCAUUCUAACACGGCUCCGUCUAUACCCACCUCCAAGCCUCAUCCUGACAAGGCUCUGUCUACACCCACCUGCAAGCCUCAUCCUGACACAGCUCCGUCUACACCCUCCUGUGAGCCUCAUCCUGACAAGGCUCUGUCUACACCCAUCUCCGAGCCUCAUCCUGACACAGCUCCGUCUACACCCUCCUGUGAGCCUCAUCCUGACAAGGCUCCGUCUACACCCGCCUCCAAGCCUCAUCCUGAUAUGGCUCCGUCUACACCCGCCUGUGAGUCUAGACUGGAUGUGGCCCUGACCCCACCGGGCAGAAAGGUCAAGCCGCAGGUGGACUCAUCCGCACCGGCCUCCAAGGCAGAGUCUGAUGUGGGCGCACCCACCCUGGCCCCCAUCCCCCAGGCCAGGCCUGACGCAAUGGAGGCCAAGGGCGCCCCCCAGGCCAAGUUGGAUUUGGGCUCCGUGGGGUCUUCAGGAGGGCGCCGAGAGCAGCCCAGAGGGGGGCCCUCCGAAGGUGCCCCUGGACACCCCUCGGGGGCGCCCCCGCCAGGGCCUGUCCCAGGCAGGAAGAAGAAAGUGCGCUUUUCUGUGUCUGAGCCCAGCCCCGAGGAGCCAGGGUCAGAGGAGGCCACGCGCCCCCUCUCGCCAGCCGCAGCCGGGCCCUCAGCCCCCAGGAUGGCCGCAGGGGGGCGUGGGGGGCCUGCAGCUUGGGAUGCAGUGGCGGUUGGGCCCAGGCUUCCCCAGCCUCGGAUCCUGAAGCACCUGCCCGCCCCUGCCGCCUUCGGCGCGGGGGGGCCUGGGUAUAAAAGCUGUUUUGCCGUGACUGUCCCUGAGGCCUACGAGUUCUUUCUUUGUGACACCAUUGAGGAGGUGGACGAGGAGGCUGAGGAGGAGGCAGAGGGUGGCGAGGCCCAGAUGCAGUGGCCAGAAGUGUGUGAGUUCUUCUUCCGGGACAGCCGAGCCAAGAGGCCUGGGCCCCGGGGGGGCCACUCCCCGGCCCCAGCCCCAGAGGCCAAGCCUGUGCCAGCCCCUCUGCCCGGAGACCCCCAGCCCAUCUCCUUCCCCGAGGCCUAUGAACACUUCCUUGGGGAGGACAAGCUGGAGGACGUGCUGCGGCCCGCUGCCCUCCUCCAGCUGCAGGCCCAGGAGGCCCCCACAACGGGGCCCCAGGAGGUGCAGCCUGGCCCUGCACUGGAGCCCAGCCCAGCGGCCACAGAGCAGCUCGACCUGGUGCUCAGGCAAGCAGGGGAGUCCUGGGGUCCCCUCGCCUCGUUUACCUUCAGCCAGAAGGACAUGUGCCUGGUGUUUGUAGCCUUUGCCACCUGGGCUGUGAGAACCUCAGAUCUGCACACCCCAGACGCCUGGAAAACAGUUCUGCUGGCCAACAUCGGCACCAUCUCUGCCAUCCGCUACUUCCGCCGGCAGGUGAGGCAGGGACGCCGAAGCCCCAGCCCCUAG